UCAACAACGUCUUAGUGAAAUCAUCGUUUGUUAUAUCCUGGGACUCAGUUGUUUAAAGCCAAACACGAUUUUAUCAUGACGAAAUUCACUCGGGUUCUGUUUUACGCGCUGAACAUAAUGGUCGCCGCAUUUGCAAGAGAGCCUUCUUGUCCCGUUUGCUCGCGUUACGACUAUGAAGAAAGAAUACUGGAAAGAGUAUUACGCAACGAAAUGGCCAUGGACAAUUUGCUCGCCGAAAUCCGACAAACUAACGCCGAAGUGAACGCUGCGUUAAACAUGAUAAAAGAGGACAAGACUGAGCUAGCCAGUGCAAUACAAGGAGGACUGUUGACUAUAUCUAAAGCAGUGUCGGCGAUGACGACCAACACGUCAGUUGCAAUUACACAGAUGGAGAGAGAAAACAAGAUAUUAAAAGAUCAGCUAGUGAUUCCACAGGUUCAUUUCUUCGUCCGAAUUGCUGAAGGUCCAUUGACACUAUCGCCUGGACAGGAUAUUAUCUUCAAAAAAACGGAAAUCAACGAAGGUCAAGGUUAUGACGUGGCAUCUGGGAAAUUUACUGUCUCCGUCCCUGGGUUGUAUGCAUUCGCAGUCCAGUACUGCGUUGAUCCGCACCAAGGUGGUUACAUUGAUAUUGUGAAGCAAGGCACCAUUCUGCAAAGAUCACUUUCUGACAAAAAAAGCAGUAAUGCAUAUCAGUGCAUGUUCAUGCAGGCGUUCACCAGGGCCGCUAUAUCCGAUCAGAUCUGGUCAGAAACUUGGUUCUGGUACACGACCCAUUGA